UUCAAAUUGAAUGUACUUCUUUGAGUUUUAAAUAGGGAAGAAGUCGAAAGGAAUGACACAGGUUUACGUAGCCCCAGCUUUAUUGUUCUGAAAUGACGCAGUUGCAAAUUUGAGAGGAUUGUUUGAAUUGUCAGCCAAACUUAGAUUAAAAUGUCUGCAGAAUCACCAAAUCACCCUACUGGAAUCGAUAAAAAUAGACACAAUGUAGUUCUACCUCAGCCUGUUACGGACCCAACUAUACUCGAUAGCGUUGCUGGAUUUAUCAAUGAAGUGGUACCAAAUACAGCUAGCGACACUUUCGAUAUAAAGGACCAAAUUCAGUGGGCUCACUUUGAAAACUUAGAUUGGGAUGAAUCAUCAUUUCUGCCAAGCUACAGCAACGAUGUGGAUGUCCCCGCGUCUGCUUUAGUUCUAGUUCUUGGUUAUACUACAGGAGUACAGGUGUGGGCGGUUCUUGCGAAUGGGGAAGCGACCGAAAUUUUUUCUUGGCGCCACGGUUCCGUAAAAGUUUUGAGGAUACUCCCGGCGCCGUACGUCAUUGGUAAUUCGAACAGGGACCUUUUCGAGUCCAAGAGACCUCUGAUAGCGUUGUGCGACAUCGCAAUACACGGAUCGCCUGCGUGUUCGUUGAGUUUUUAUUCUCUAAAAACUGGUGAACAGGUGAAGCAAAUAAAGUUCAAAUCUAUGAUAUCGGAUGUGGUGGCGAAUAGAAGGUCGGUGAUUACCACGUUCAUGGAAAAAAUUGCAAUUUUCGACGCAUUUACCCUCGAGGACAAAUUAUCGGUGACCACUUGUUAUCUGAGUCCGGGUAUACAGCCUAACCCCAUUGCUCUUGGGCCAAGAUGGCUCGCAUUUGCGGAGAAGAAACUGAUCCCAUCUAGAAGAAGUAGCGGCGGGAACGAGGGCGAGGGUGUUCAGAGUUAUACCGCUACUGUUCUGCACGCUGCCAAGUCUCUGGGUAGAGGAUUGAGAGAGCUAGGAGAGACUGUUGCAUCCAGCUUUACGGGAAACCAGAACUUUAAACCUGGCACAUCACCAAACAGUCCACAAGCGGGCGGUCACUCCGAUGUAUCCCAAAAGGGAAUCGUCACCGUGUUGGACAUUGAGAACCCGUCAAUACAAAAUGGAGACAGUUCGACGCAAAUGCAAGCCACCAUCGCUCAUUUCGUGGCGCAUACGGAAGCGAUCGUGCGGCUCCAGUUUGACCCCUCUGGUCUAUUGCUAUUAACUGCCGAUAAACGGGGACACGACUUUCAUUUGUUUCGCCUUAACCCUCACGGGAUGGGAUCGACGUUGGCAGCCGUGCAUCACUUGUAUACCUUGCACAGAGGUGACACUUCGGCGGGCGUGCAAGAUAUGAGCUUCUCAUUCGACUCGCGCUGGGUAACAGUGUCGACUCUUCGCGGAACCACACACGUGUUUCCAAUAACGCCGUACGGCGGUAAUAUCGGUGUCAGAACACACACCACACCUCACGUGGUCAAUAAAAUGUCAAGGUUUCAUAGAUCGGCGGGACUAACGGCGGAAGGAAGAUCAAAUAGUCCCGUUUCAAUAUUCGAAAGCCCGAUUAGUACAAAUUUUCCAUAUCACAAUCCCAGGUAUCCGCCGUUUCCACACCCAACGGUCGUGCAUCCUCUUGCUCAAAUCAGGCAACCCGUAUUUACUCAAAAUGUGGGCAGUACGGUACCCCGUCAAGGCCGACAGAGGUUAUCAUCCUCAUCCGAGGACAAUAUAGCUUUAAGGGUGGUAGCUUGUUUUGCCCCCGCUCGAGCUUGGAUAGAUACCACACCCGUGCCUAGAGAAAUUACUCUUUCUAAACAAGUCAAAGCCGUCGAAUCCCUAUUUAUCAUGUCGUGUCACGGAAACUUGGUGCAGUAUGACUUGGAGCCGCAGCAUGUCGCUCACAUUCCUAAAGAACGGGUAUGCGAUGACUCGCCGAUCGAACUAAUGGUGUCGGCGAAAGCGCAGUGGACCUUGCAGAGACGCACCUUCUCUGUCGACAUACCUCUGCCGUUACCGGCUGACAGUUUAAAAUACGUCAGUCAGUCAGUGCCGCUAACGAAAACGAAAAAAGCGGAAGGGAACGACGACGACUGGCUGUCUCAAGUAGAGAUUUUAACACACGCCGGCCCCCACAGAAGACUAUGGAUGGGGCCCCAGUUUACGUUUAAAACGUACACGACAACUAACGGUACCGCCAUGUCAUUGACUGAUGCUCAACCGGUGGAUUUAAGUCGCUCCAAACCAGUAAACAUGCCCAUAACAAAGGCAAACGCGGUACUAAUAGAGUCGGGUUCGGCCAGCAGUAGCGAACAGUCACUGUUGGAUGUUUAUCGGAAAAGUUGCGAAGAAAUGGGCGCAGGCGGUGAGCACCAAAUCAGAGAAGACCUCGCGGAUGCGAUGAUCGAAUCUCCUGGAAUUAAAGAAAGUGGUGGGAGGUGCGUUAUCGUGUCGAUGAAACCCAGGUCGACUUCGGUGGCGAAAGUCGUCAAUCCCCUCGGGACUGUGGUGACCGUGCAGUCGGACAGCGACAACGAGGCUAUAGUCACGGAGGACGGCGUGAUCUACGAGAAUUGCGACGAGGCCUUGUUCAGGCCGAUGGUGACGCCGCGAACGCUAGCCGUACAAAAGCCCGCCCGGCCUUACAACAGUAACAUCAUUACGAAAAGUUUAAAGUCGGAUACGGAAGUUACGGUUCAGAUACUUAAUAGGAAUAAAACCGAAAAAAAACAGGAGUCGGCGACCGUCUUCGACGUCAAACCUUCUGCGACAGAGGAUGCGACAUCUGACGGGAAAAGCCUUCCCAAAAUUAAACCGCCGAAAACCAAAGAGGACUCGACUAAAAAGUUUGAAAAACUCGAAGUCAUAUCGUUUUCUGAUACGAUUAAUCUGGACUUUCCGCCUCUGGAAGAGAAUUUCUUUUCGUUGGAGACGAAGUGCGACAAGUUCGAGGACGCCGAAGACUGCGGUUUGGAACUUUUGGACCCGGUCGAUUCUUUCUGUAAAGAGAAUCCGGAAAAACAAGACGACACACUAGCCACGUCUGAAGAAAAGGAAACGGAAAAUGGUAAAAAGAAAUCGCUUCCGAAGAAGCCUAGAAAACCAAAACACAAACUCGGCGUUAAAAUCAACCUGAAUAAAGAGAAGGAAAACACCCCUGAACGAUACUUGAACGAGGUUAGGGCGGAAAUUGUAGUUACUCCACCAAAGCGAACGUGGGCCCGCAUAGCUUCCUCGUCCAAAGAAACCGAUCAGUCUCUGACGGAUACGUGCGAUAAGAACGUCGAGGCAAGCUUGGACGAAGUGGUCGAGCAUUUUACUAUUCAGUUACCCGCAAAGUCCUACGGGAGCGUGACGAAUAAACUGAUCGAUUUGGAUACGCCCGUCGAAGACGAAAAAAAGAACAUCGUCUCGGAGGAGUUGAUAAAAAUUGAUAAGUCGUCGGACGACGAGAAACCGGAGUCGGGAAGUUCUCCCGUCGACUCCACCGAAAGCGACGAUUCGGGUAAAGUUAAGGGGGAAGUGGAAGACGCGGACGUGUCAUGCGACGUUAAAUUUAUCAGCGUGCAAAACGCGCGGGCGGCGAAGAAAAGGGUCAAGAAAAAAAAGAAAUAAGAGCAUGGCUAAUUAUUACCCCAUUAAAAAAUAAAUUUGAAUUAUUUUUACAUUAUGUUGCGUUCUAUAGUCGAGACCAAGUAACUUUUAAUCGUCGGCUUAGUUGCAUAACGUCAUCAAGUACUCGCUUCACUAAACUUGGUACCGUUCUUGCAAAAAUAUAUUUAAUAAUUAAUAUUAAAGCCACAUCAGGCGACUAUGGAAUUUUCUUAGAGAAAGGAAUGAUAUUCUAUGAUAAGGCUAAAUUUUACACACAAUCUCAUAUAAUUACUACUAGAAGGCUGCUAGAGAAACCGCUCAUGAGGAAAGAGAAAGGAGGGAGUUGGGAUGUUACACUUCUGCGGGGAACUGUAAUAGGUCUCUAAUGACAUUGUUACGAGGGUGGAGUGAAAAGUCUCCGGCCUGACCAAGAAAAACGAUGUUUUAAUUUUUUUUUGCUUUAUGAUCUCCAUCAACACACAAAUGUGUUCUAAUUUGGUUAUACCAGUUUUAAACGUAGAUUCGAAAAUCGGUGAAAACGGCGCAAAGUGCAGGUUAGGGGGUGAAAUGUAUAGACAUGCGAGGAAAAACAUUCCCUUCUCUACGAAAAUACCAAUAGCGCCUGUGGCGCAUCGAUUUUUACCGACAAGGAAAACGAUCUUUUUAAAAAAUGUUUUUGGUUUAUUUUUCAAUAUAACUUAUACAUUUCUCGUAAACGUAGAUUGGUCAAGCUCCUCAAAAUACUGAUUUACAGGUUCGUUAAUUUCUUCAAGACAUUUUUUGAGGUUAGGAAGCAGGUAAGUCUGGAGAGUAGCGACGUUGCAGCAUGAAUUCAAACUUCAAUUCGUGGAUUUCGGACAUGGCAACAAUCGAAGAAUGCUGAUGCAUUAUCGCAAAUUUUGUUCUUCUCCAAAUGAGGCCGUUUAAUUUGCACUGCGUGCUUCAAACAUUGCAAUAACUCUGCGUAGGAUUGCCCAAGGAUAGUCUUACCCUUUUCAAGGUAAUCAAUGUAUAUAGUUCCUCUUGCAUCCGAAAAAAGAAUAGCCACAACCUUGUUUGCCGAUAAAAAACCCUUCUUUUGAAUUGGUUCCCCUUUUGAGUGUAUUGAUGGGCCCAAGUCAUAUCAACAGUUAUGAAUCGACGCAAAAAUUUGUUUGGAUUGUGCCUAUAAAGCGGCAAAUUGUCGAUAGAAAUGUUUUUUGGAAUCAGUUUUUGGUCGAGCGUUAGCAACCCUGGCACCCACCUUGGACACAGCUGCAAAAUAUUUCGCACACGUUCAGCUGACAUCCUACAGGUCUCAGCUAUCUCAUUAACUUUCAGUCUGCGGUAUUCCAACAAACAUCAAUCAUUUUUGAAGUUGUGACUUUAACAGGCCGUCCUAAGGGAUCAAUUUGAAAUAGUUGAAUAUAGAAGUAUUCGAUGACAGCACGUUUUCCAAUUUUUCCAUUUUCACGAAAACAAUGGAAGCGUCACGCCACCCUUGUAUAUACUCGCACUGUUGCCAAAUAAAGAAAAAAUCUUAUUUCAUUUAAAUUUUAAAUACAUAAUUAUUUGAGUAAUCGUCUAACAUCAGAGGUAAUAUUUUGAUGUAUUUUCUCCUUAUAAUGCUAAAAUCUUUUUAGUAACUCGAUAUUGCCGCGCCGUGGUAUUUUAGGUUUUUUGCCUUCUAUAGAUUUACAUCCAUGGGUUUCCUUAAACAUUUCGAAAUUUCAGUAAUAUUUGUGAAAAUGUUUCUUAUGUCACUAUAAACUUGAUCCAAAAAAUCCUAAUAUUAAUGCACAGGUAAAUUUGUUUCAUAUGUGCAAUAAUUUCUUAACACAUUUCUAACACACGACUGGCCUAUAUCUCUUUCUUAAGGAAUGAAUCGGUCUGUAUACUCAUAUACCAGCCUUCUAGGAGUAUUAAUUUUAUGCUGAAAUCUGUCGAGUUGAAGAACUUUCAGCGACCAAUUUGGUUGUUAUACGUGUCUAGGUCUUAUUGGUUUGUUUGACACAUAUAGCUAUUAGAUGAUAUAGUGGCAUUACUACGGUAAAAAUUGAUGCGCCUCAGGUGGCAAUGAUAUUUUCGUAGAGACGAGAAUGAUCUCUCGCGCAUGUCUCUAAAUUCAAGAGAUUUUCAGAACGGCAGAAGAAUUAAAUUUUUUGUUGAUGCAAAGAUGAAGCAUAAAUAGGUUAGGUUUGAAAAGGGGCGGACUCAGGCGACACUCUUCUUCGUAAACCAUGAUUCAUAGACAAAUAAUAAAAAUAAUGAUUUCUAUUUAGUAAAUUUUAGUUUGUAUUUUAGCUGCAAAAGCUUGUUAAAUUUUAUUCAAACGUCAACGUCAAAGGUUUAGUUGGUCUGAUGUAUUGUAUUGUAGUAUUUUAUUACAGCUUUGUCAAUAUUGUACAGGGUGUUCCCUAAGUUGAGUUUUCUUAUUUGAUAGUGUAUAGAACUAUAGAAACAUAUAACUUUUCAAAUAAUGCAGAUAUUGACCUUAAAAUUUCUUCCAUUUGCUAUGUGUGGGCCAGUAACGUCCAACAAAAUGAAUUUUAUUUUUGCGCCAAUAUGCUUGUGUCGAACUACAUUUUUCACAACUUUUUUCCGUUUGUCGCAACCGAUAUUAACAACAUUAAAAUAUUCGUCACUGGAUUCUACGUAAAAAGUAGUAAAAGUUUUAUAUUCAUAGUUAUAUAGUUAAAUAACAGAGUUGUAAGAUAUAGAAAAACCGGCCAAGUUUUGAGAACUAUCCUGUGUCUCUUAAUCCAAUAAUCUAGUUGACGUCUGAAUGCGUCAAUAAACAUAACACUAAGAAAUAGAACGGAACUCAUAUAUAUUUUUUUUAAUUUCUAAAUAUGAUUUUAUCCGAACGUUUGAACAGCUAAGGUUAUUUACAAUUUCUGAAAAAUGAUUUACCGAGACCUUUGCAAAAAAAUAAUAGCUCAACUUAAAAACACUCUGUAUAUAUUUUUAAAAUUAAAAAAAAAUCUAAGUUUUCAGGUCAAUUAAUCGCUAUAUUUGGAUUCAAACGCAAGAAUUGUCUACUCUCAUUUCGCUAAACAGCUCUCAGUUGUACUAAUAAUAAUAUAGAGCUGUUCGAUAUUUUGCGCUAGAUAUUUGAGGUAUACCAAAAGCUGUACAGUAAUUCUUUUAUGAUUACAAACACUCGGAGAUGCAGGAGGUAUUGUGGGGUAGAACCAUAUAGAUAUUAGAUAAUGUAGCAGUCUGACUGUAAAAAUUGAUAUACAAAGAUAUUUCCCUAGAGAUACACUAUACUUUGCACCAUUUUCUUUCCAAACAACGUUUUCCCACACACUUCACUCGGUUUUCCAACAACAAACGAUAUUUCAGAUGACCGCGCUUGCGGCGUAUAGGCUUGCCCUUCUCAUUUUUAUCGUCGCUGUAGGUCUAGUUGCUAUAUGGUUGUCCCCAAAAUACUUGUCUGUCGUAGAAAAUGUUGAUAAACUUCUUCAAUCCCGAGUUUAUUAAGCAUUCGCUACGCUCGUGACUAAAAUUGUGUUUAACUUAUUGCAUAAGAGACUAGUUUGAUACUUGAGAUGUAAUGUUUGAAAUUUGCAAAGAAAUACUGCACGCUAAAACGUGAACAACUUAAAAAAGCUUUGCAUAAACCCAGCUCUAGCGGAUAAAAUGCGAACUCAUAUACCGAAGUCUCUGACCACAUAUUUCAAUAAAAUAGCAUGUUAAAACAGCGUUUUACUCUAGUAUUAAUUAAAGAACUGCUUUAAUUGAGAAAAUUGAGUAAACUUGAUGACUUUUUAUUUAUUUAUGCAUAAUAAUUUUCAGGUGGUUUUUAAGUAGGUACUUAAGUAUUUAUCUAGUUCUAACAUGUAUAGAGUAGUUUUAUUAUUAUUAAUUUAUUUAUUAAUUUAGCUCGGAUUUUUAUUCGUUUGUAUAAUGUAUUAAUUGCAUACAUUUUUAUUUAUUGAAAAUUUACCUAAAAUGUAAGGUGAUCAUAUCGUAGAACUUGAACGUAAAUAUCACGCAUUUAUAUUUUUGUGCUAUUCUUGGAGCUACAUUAUUAGCAGUGGUAUUUCAAUUACGCCACAUUGUUACCAUGCAUUGUUCGUGGUAGUUAUGUGCCAUUGUUAACAAGUCAGCUAAAUUGCCAAGCGUCUGUUUCAGAAGAUAAAUAUUACUAAUUAUUUUUCUGUUUAUUGUAUAUAUAUUGUUUGUGCGUGGAUAAACUAAUAAAAAUGUACAUAAAGAUGUAUAUGUAUUUUAGAACAGUAAUAAUAAAUGUUUAUUUAAAAUAUACAUAUUAUAUACUUUUUUUUGUUAUUACCUACUAGGCUCAUAGCAACUCCAAAAAUUAGAAAUACGAUCAUUUUUCAUUUGUAAUUCUAUUUUAA